AUGAGGUUAAAGAAUGUGUUUUGGGUAGACGCCCGAAGUAGAGCUGCGUAUCAAUCAUUCGGGGAUGCAAUCACUUUUGAUACCACAUACUUGACCAACGCUUAUAAAAUGCCAUUUGCGCCAUUUGUGGGUGUGAACCAUCAUGGUCAGUCAAUUCUAUUCGGGUGUGGAUUGAUUUCCAAUGAGGAUGCAAAUACUUUUGAGUGGUUGUUUGAGUCAUGGUUGAAGUGUAUGAAUGACCAACCACCAAAUGCAAUCAUUACAGACCAAGAUAAGGCAAUGAAACUUGCAAUUGCCAGGGUGUUUCCAUUGUCUAGGCAUCGCUUCUAUAGUCUACACAAAUUUGUGUAUGACUCAUUAAGUGAGAAUGAGUUUGAAGAACGAUGGAGCGCUUUGCUUGAAACAAAUGAUCUUCGCGAGAAUGCUUGGUUGAGAUCGCUUUAUGCUGAUAGGCAGUAUUGGGUGCCGGCGUACGUUAAAAAUACAUUUUGGGCCGGAACGUCAACCACACAACGUAGUGAGGGCAUGAAUGCAUUUUUUGAUGAAUAUGUUCACUCCCGGACCAUAUUGAAACAAUUUGUGGAUCAGUACGAUUCAACCCUUAGCAGGAAGGCAGAGAAUGAAGCAAUUGCUGACUUUAAUUCAUUUAACACUGAGAUUCCUUGCAUAUUUCACUAUCCUAUCGAGAAUCAAUUUCAAAAAAUAUAUACAAUUGCCAAGUUCAAGAAAGUCCAAGAAGAAUUUCGAGGGUUUUUAUAUUUGACUACCUCGUAUUUAGGUGGUGAUGGGGCAAACUUUACGUACGUAGUCGGGGAUGAGAUCAAAUUAGACAAGAGUGAAGUUCCACCAAAGUACAUUUUGGAUCGGUGGAGGAAGGAUAUAAAGAGACAAUAUGAAAAUGUAAAAAGUAGUUAUGAGGCGACGAGCAACCCUGAGAAACAAAGGUUCAAUCGGAUCCAAAAUUGCUUCUAUAAACUGUGUUCAAAUGCCGCAAAGACCGAGAGAAGCUGUGUGAAAUUGAUCGGUCAACUAGAACAGUUGAAGUUGGAGUGCCCCGAUGACGAUUCAUAUGAAGGUACUUCCAUAGCUGGUCUUGUUACUCCCAUUGAUGGCACAACCAGCAAAGUUCUUAGUCCAUUAGUUGUUUGGAGUAAAGGAAGACCCACAACUAAGAGAAGAACACACCCCGUUGAGAAGGCUAUCAAGAAACCGAGUACUAGAAGGAGACUAUCCACAACUGAAGUCCAAAAUCCUUUGAUUAUUUUGUACACAUAUGUAGAAUUCAUUUUUUAG